UCUAUAACAAUAGUGGUCAUUUGUCGUUGAAAUUUUGUUUCCGUACGCUAACAUAGCAGUCUAAAUAUAAUAGAGAUCAUUUGUAUUAAUAUUAAGAAGGAGGCGAGUGCCUCGAAGCCAAAAUGACUUCGAUAAUUGAUCAAAUGGAGCAGCACUCCCAGGUUUCGACGAGGUUCCCUGGGCCGGAGCCCAUGACGUCCUCGGGGUUCAUCAACAUGCAGCUCGAGGACAACACGCCCAUGUUCGCGAAGCAGAAGAUGAAGUUUAACCCCACUGACUCGAUCACCCACGUAGCGGUGGCGAGCGACUAUUUGGUGCUGGCCAUGGCGAACGGGAAACUGUUUCGUAUGGAUUUGAAAAGGCCUGAUCAAAAUGAGGAACUCCAAUAUUCAAAGUUUGUGCAACCAAACACCCGGCUGACAGGAAUAUUCCUCGACCCACUAGGCUACCACCUGCUCCUAGCCUUUGCCGCCAGAAACAAAGAUGGUAACCCUGAACUGGUCUAUUUACACCGAAGAAGCUCAAAACUCAAAUCCGUCACAAAAUCUAGGAACUAUGAAGUGACGGAAGUUUGCUGGAAUAAUGAAAAUACUUCAGAGGUUACAACGGGUCCUUUCCUGCUUGGGACCUCACAGGGACACAUUUUGGAGACUGAGUUAGAGGCGGACAGUGAUAAAAUGUUUACGGCUAACCAACAAUAUUGGCGACAGCUGCCUAAUUACCUCCCGCUGUAUGGAGGGAAGGAGAUAGAUGGUUUGAUAUUCGACAUAGUGGACAAGGAUUCCAACCCCCCAGUCACCGGCAUUCAGUUCCACCGCGUGAACAACACGAGCAAGUUCUUCGUGUUCAUCACGACCCCCACCAAGCUGUACCAGUUCAUAGGAUACGCUGUCACUACGGACGGCAAGCUGUCGCUACAGUCCAUAUUCCACAAGUACUUGACGAUCCCGGAGACGGGUAUCCAGGAAAUCCCGUCGAGUCUCAAGUACUCCAAACUGCAGUUCUACUUCGACCACAACAACGUGCCGAAGUCCUUCGCCUGGCUCACGGGCCCUGGGAUAUUCUAUGGACAGUUGGACCCGUCAUCGCAACAGAACUCCAACUCCCUGUUCACCCAAGCGGGCCUCAUCAAUUACCCCGACGACAAAGACAAGGACGACAAAGACAGAGCACCCCUCUCUUUCGUACUCACCGAGUUCCACGCCCUCCUCAUGUACCCCGACCGCGUCAAGGCAGUGUCGCUUCUCAACCACGAACUCGUCUACGAAGACAUUUAUUCCGAGGCCCAUGGAAAAUUAAAAAAUAUAGUCAAAGAUUUCAGAAAGCGAACCAUCUGGGCUGUGACAGAUAAAACUCUGUUUAGAUAUAAAAUUGUUAGAGAAGAACGGGAUGUAUGGAAAAUUUAUUCGGAUAAAGAACAGUUUGAUUUAGCUAAGGACUACUGCUUUAAUAACCCAGCGUAUAUAGAUAUUAUUAAUGUCAAACAAGCAGAGCUGUUAUUCGCUAAAGGAGACUACGAAAAGAGCGCAGAAAUAUUCGCAGACACGCAAAGUAGCUUCGAAACUGUAUGCCUUAAAUUUCUGGAGGCAGAUCAGACGAAUGCCUUAAAAAUAUACCUGAACAGGCGAUUAGAAUCUCUAAACGAAGACGAUAAGACUCUAAUUUCAAUGAUCGUUAUCUGGAUUACAGAAUUAUAUCUAUCUCAGUUAGGUGUGCUAAGACGGACAGGGCAAGAAGAUACUCAAAAGUAUCAUCAACUGCAAAGCGAUUUUGAAGUGUUCCUAGUACAACCUAGAGUUGAAAAGUGUAUGCAGCAUGUCAAAAAGGUGAUUUACGAUCUUAUGUCCUCUCACGGCGACAAACAGAACUUAAUCAAACUAACCAUUUUAAACGAAGACUAUGAAAACGUGAUAGCACAGAAUAUUUACAAGAAAUCUUACGCAGAAGCGUUAAGCACACUUUCUACUCUAAAGAAGCCAGAUUUAUUUUACCAGUUCGCUCCCGUAUUGAUGGAAGAGGAACCUAGAUUGACAGUGAAUACUCUAAUCGCUCAAGGCACAAGACUGAACUACCUCAAACUACUCCCAGCUUUUCUGUCUUGCGAGAAUGAUGAAGCUCACGUGACUGAGAUUAUGAGGUACUUGGAGUUCAUAAUGCAGAACUUCAACGUGAAAGACACGGCGAUACAUAAUUAUCUGUUGACGUUGUACGCGGAACAUGACAAGGUCGCGCUCAUGAGGUAUUUGGAGAGGCAGGGGCAGGAUGCCGCGUUGGUGAACUAUGAUGUCCAUUAUGCUUUGAGAUUAUGCCGCGAGAGAGAACUCCCCGAAGCUUGCGUCAAGCUAUCCGCCUUACUAGGACUCUGGGAGGCGGCCGUGGAGCUCGCUUUACAAGUGGACCUGGCGCUAGCCAAGUCCGUAGCCGCGCUGCCGCCGGAGCCGGCCACGCAGCGCGCGUUAUGGCUAACCAUCGCGGAGCACGUCAUCACCAAGAACCAAGACCUCCGAGAAGCCAUGAGCUUCCUCACUGAGUGUCCGCUCUUGAAGAUAGAGGAUCUACUCCCGUUCUUCAGCGACGUGGUCACCAUCGACCACUUCCGCGACCCCAUCUGCCAGUCGCUCCAGGAAUACAACUGUCAAAUAAAGGAAUUGAAAGCAGAAAUGGACGAAGCCACACAAGCCGCUGAAUCCGUUCGCGCGGACAUCAAGUCGUUCCGCAACCGCAGCGUGUGCGUGUCGGUAACGGAGACGUGCUGCCUCUGCGAGAUCGCGCUGCUGCUGCGGCCCUUCUACCUGUUCCCGUGCGGGCACAAGUUCCACAGCGACUGCACCAGGGCCCAGGCCAUGGACAUACUGAGCCCCGCCCGCCGCAACAAGCUAGCCGACCUCCAGCGUCAGCUAAACGUCCUCUCCAAGAUCGAACUGUCCACCAUAACCAGCAGCGGGUUACCGCUGAGAGAGGUACUGAGGAACGAGAUCGAUGACAUAGUGGCCAAUGAGUGCAUCUUCUGUGGCGAGCAUAUGAUCAACUGUAUAGACAAGCCAUUUAUUGCUGAGGAGGACUGGGACCGGGUUAUGAAGGAAUGGGAAUAGAUUUGGAGUAUGGAUAUGAUGGUCGUUGUCUACGUGACAGCGUGAUAAAACGGUGUCCGUCACUUACUAUCCCGCGGUGUUAAAAAGUGACAGUUAUUUUAUUACUUGGAUAAAACCAUCCAUAAUAGGCUGCCUGGCCUUACUUGUAUCCGUUGUAAUAUACAUAUAACUAUAAGUUAAAGGGCACGACCUAUUCCUGAGGCAUCGUCUUGGGUCGUCCCAUUCGUUUUUCGUCAAGUUCUUAAAUUAGUCCUAUUCUGCUUUCGUCACGCUACAUUCGUCACAAUCGUCGGUAGCUUUCAAUGUAGAAUGAGUGACGAAAGCAGAAUAGGACUAAUUUAAGGACCUGACGAAAAACGAAUGGGACGACCCAAGACGUGCUUUUUAGAAAUAAGAAGAUACUAAGUGACCUAAUCUAAGUUUUUGACUUAGGUCGAGUUGAAAGUGAGUAGAAUCUAGAUACAUUAUUUGGGAGUGGAGCCCUAUCCUCAUACUAUUUGUGUAAUUAAAUCCAGUAUUUUUUAAUAAUAACGUUUUGUAAAGGACCAACAAAGGUUUGGCUGUGUAUUUUGCUUGAAGAUAUCGACUGAACUGAUGUAUAAGAGGCUAAUUUCUAGUUGAUGUUCCUUUACACCUUGAUUUAUAUCACACUAAUGAGCAUUGUAUGUAUUAAAAACAAAAUAAUUAUAUUUUUAGGCGAUAUGCUCCCUGUCCAUAAAAGGAAAUAUAGGUCUAAUGUCCCUCUCUACUCUAAUUAUAAUCGCUUACUGUGAUAACCAAUUAUAAUUUUAUCUUACGUCGCCAUGUUAUCUAUAUGUGAAACAAUUAUGUAAGAGAAAUAUGAAAUAAAUAUAUACAACAUAUUGUGAAA